UCAGAAUUCGGUGCAGUGUGAGAAUUCGGUGCAGAGUGAGAAUGCGGUGCAGAUUCGGAAUUCGGUGCAGAGUGAGAAUUCUGUGCAGAGUGAGAAUUCGGUGCAGUGUGGGAAUUCGGUGCAGUGGGAGAAUUCGGUGCAGAAUCAGAAUUCAGUGCAGUGUGAGACUUCGGUGCAGUGUGAGACUUCGGUGCAGUGUGAGAAUUCGGUGCAGUAUGAGAAUUCGGUGCAGUGUGGGAAUUCGUAUGAGAAUUCGGUGCAGUGUGGGAAUUCGGUGCAGUAUGAGAAUUCGGUGCAGAGUCAGAAUUCAGUGCAGAAGCAGAAUUCGGUACAGAAUCAGAAUUCGGUGCAAUGUGAGACUUCGGUGCAGUGUGAGAAUUCGGUGCAGUAUGAGAAUUCGGUGCAGUGUCAGAAUUCAGUGCAGAAGCAGAAUUCGGUGCAGUGUGAGAAUUCAGUGCAGUGUGAGAAUUCAGUGCAGUGUGAGAAUUCGUGUGAGAAUUCGGUGCAGUAUGAGGAUUCGGUGCAGUGUGGGAAUUCGGUGCAGUGUGGGAAUUCGGUGCAGUGUGGGAAUUUGGUGCAGUAUGAAAAUUCGGUGCAGAGUCAGAAUUCAGUGCAGAAGCAGAAUUCGGUACAGAAUCAGAAUUCAGUGCAGUGUGAGAAUUCAGUGCAGUGUGAGAAUUCAGUGCAGUGUGGGAAUUCGGUGCAGUGUGGAAAUUCGGUGCAGUGUCAGAAUUCGGUGCAGUGUCAGAAUUCGGUGCAGUGUGGGAAUUCGGUGCAGUGUCAGAAUUCGGUGCAGUGUGGGAAUUCGGUGCAGUGUGAGAAUUCGGUGCAGUAUGAGAAUUCGGUGCAGUAUGAGAAUUCGGUGCAGUAUGAGAAUUCGGUGCAGUAUGAGAAUUCGGUGCAGUAUGAGAAUUCGGUGCAGUAUGAGAAUUCGGUGCAGUAUGAGAAUUCGGUGCAGUAUGAGAAUUCGGUGCAGUAUGAGAAUUCGGUGCAGUAUGAGAAUUCGGUGCAGUAUGAGAAUUCGGUGCAGUAUGAGAAUUCGGUGCAGUAUGAGAAUUCGGUGCAGUAUGAGAAUUCGGUGCAGUAUGAGAAUUCGGUGCAGAGUCAGAAUUCAGUGCAGAAGCAGAAUUCGGUACAGAAUCAGAAUUCGGUGCAGUGUGAGAAUUCGGUGCAGUGUGAGAAUUCGGUACAGUGUGAGAAUUCGGUACAGUGUGAGAAUUCGGCGCAGUGUGGGAAUUCGGUGAAGAGUGAGAAUUCGGUGCAGUGUGGGAAUUCGGCGCAUAGUCGGAAUUCAGUGCAGUGUGAGAAUUCGGUACAGCGUGAGAAUUCGGUACAGUGUGAGAAUUCGGUGCAGUGUGGGAAUUCGGCGCAGUGUGGGAAUUCAGUGCAGAAUCAGAAUUCGGUGCAGUGUGAGAAUUCGGUGCAGUGUGGGAAUUCGGUGCAGUGUGGGAAUUCGGUGCAGUGUGGGAAUUCGGUGCAGUAUGAGAAUUCGGUGCAGUGUGGGAAUUCGGUGCAGUAUGAGAAUUCGGUGCAGAGUCAGAAUUCAGUGCAGAAGCAGAAUUCGGUACAGAAUCAGAAUUCGGUGCAGUGUGAGAAUUCGGUGCAGUGUGAGAAUUCGGUGCAGAUUCGGAAUUCGGUGCAGAGUGAGAAUUCUGUGCAGAGUGAGAAUUCGGUGCAGUGUGGGAAUUCGGUGCAGUAUGAGAAUUCGGUGCAGUGUGGGAAUUCGGUGCAGUAUGAGAAUUCGGUGCAGUGUGGGAAUUCGGUGCAGUAUGAGAAUUCGGUGCAGUGUGGGAAUUCGGUGCAGUAUGAGAAUUCGGUGCAGUGUGGGAAUUCGGUGCAGUAUGAGAAUUCGGUGCAGAGUCAGAAUUCAGUGCAGAAGCAGAAUUCGGUACAGAAUCAGAAUUCGGUGCAGUGUGAGAAUUCGGUACAGUGUGGGAAUUCGGUGCAGUGUGGGAAUUCGGUGCAGUGUGGGAAUUCGGUGCAGUGUCAGAAUUCGGUGCAGUGUGGGAAUUCGGUGCAGUGUGGGAAUUCGGUGCAGUGUGGGAAUUCGGUGCAGUAUGAAAAUUCG